AUGGAAACAGAACAAUUUCACGAAGAAAUAAAUGAAAAUUUAAUAAAUGAAAAAACUUCAGAAGAAAAUGAACAAAAAACUGAAGAAAAUUUAGAAGAAAAUGAAGGGGAAACAGAGCAACAAGAACAACAAAUUAGUGUUAAAAUUUUGGUUUUGGGGCCUACAAAAAGUGGAAAAACAUCAAUUUCAAAUUAUUUGGCUGACUCACAAGAUGCAGUGUCAAAGGAUUAUAGACCAACUCAGGGUGUUAGAAUUGUGGAAUUUGAAAGUAAUCAACUUGAAUUAGAUGGAGAAAGAGUUAAUGCUGAGGUUGAGUUAUGGGACUGUUCUGGUGACAGAAAAUUCGAAAGUUGUUGGCCAGCAAUUCGUUACCGUUGUGACGGGGUUAUUUUUGUUUGUAAUCCAGAAAUUAAUAAAGGAGAGGAUUUAUUAACAUGGUUUUUAGAUAACUCCUUUUAA